CACGCCUUCGCCCUAGCAAAGAGUCACCGGAGGAACAGGAAUUCUUUUUUAAAUCCGCGGGUGGCGAUUGGGCGCGCGCACACACACCUCCUGCAGCCAUCAGAAGCCCGGACACAAAUAGACAGGGACGCCAGCAGGCUGUGGUCAAGCGAGCAGGUGAAAUUUUCCACUACGACCUGAUUAGAGAGCUCGAGUCAGCGCAGAGCUCGUGCCCGACAGCGAGUUUCUCUCACAGGACAGGCCUGAGCACAGUACAGUAACUCACACACACACACACACAUCUCUGAGCUCGUCUGUGGAAGCUUUCUGCCAGCUCGAAGCAGUGAUGGACUUCCUUGCUGGCUGUUUAGGAGGAGCUGCCGGUGUUCUCGUCGGACAUCCCUUCGACACGGUGAAGGUUCGACUGCAGGUCCAGAGUGUGGAUAAACCUCUUUACCGAGGAACCUUUCACUGUUUCCAGUCCAUCAUACGGCAAGAGUCUGUGUCUGGCCUUUAUAAAGGCAUUGGUUCGCCCAUGAUGGGUCUGACCUUCAUCAACGCCAUCGUCUUCGGCGUGCAGGGCAACACCAUGCGCAGGUUGGGCGAAGACACGCCCCUGAACCAGUUCCUCGCCGGAGCGGCGGCCGGCACCAUCCAGUGCGUGAUCUGCUGCCCGAUGGAGCUGGCCAAAACCCGGAUGCAGAUGCAAGGGACGGGCGAGAAGAAGUCAUCCUCGCGGAAAGUGUAUAAAAACUCUUUGGAUUGCCUCGCUCGCAUCUACCAGCGCGAGGGAAUACGUGGCGUCAACAGAGGAAUGGUCACGACUCUAAUCCGCGAGACGCCAGGAUUCGGCGUUUACUUCCUAGCGUACGACCUCCUGACGCGCUCGCUUGGUUGCGAACCGGAGGAUCCGUAUAUGAUUCCCAAACUCCUGUUCGCCGGCGGGAUGUCGGGAAUCGCGUCUUGGCUUUCCACGUAUCCCGUGGAUGUGAUUAAAUCCCGGCUCCAGGCCGACGGCGUUGGGGGGAAGUACCAAUACAGCAGCAUUAUGGACUGCACGAGGAAGAGCAUCCAGCGCGAAGGCUGGCGAGUUUUCACUCGCGGACUGACUUCCACUCUCCUUCGGGCUUUCCCGGUCAACGCUGCAACGUUCGCCACGGUCACCCUCUUCCUUUUGUACGUACGCUCGGACGAAGCUCCUAAAGAUUGCGAGACGGCUCCUCAUCACGCCCCGAUACAAACGCAGCCGUCCAGCCUGUGAGUAACUUUCUCGGGUCACUCUCAUCUCAGACUUAGUCUUGAAGUAGAGCACUUGUUACUAAUCAAACAGUUCGCUGCACGUCUGUCCACUGUUAACCCUGUAAAAUGACUUGAGAUCUGCAUUUGUAAAUAUAUUUUUUUAUAUAUUUAAGAAUCGUUCCCUGUUUCUGCCUUACGAGAACGGCUAAAGUAAGAGUCCGACGUCUGAAAGUCUGUCACUGUUGGCACCUUUGAUUUUUUCUUGGCAGAACUAGAAAAACUUGCUUUGAAUUGGGAAUUUUUUUGCUGUGUUGAAGGUCUGAACUUAACUUUAGUCUGGUCGGACCGCAUUUUUAGGUCCAUGCAAGUGAAAGCAAGACUGUAAUGGCUUAGGUCAUAGUGUAAUGGGUCAUUUGAUGUCAUCUCAUUGUACUCUAAAUCCCACCUAGACAUUGAUUGACAAAUGUGAUUCUGUCACUGGGGAAUUUAGUCUUUGUUAUUAAGGCCUUUUUUAUUCUUUUAGUUAUUCUUUUACUCUUUCUAGUUGAAGCUGCUGGUGAAAAGGUUGGGAUAUCUUGGCCCAGAGUUAAACUGAUCUCAUCUUGUGCAAUGAAUAUGGUAGACACACCCCCAGUUAUGUUUGCUGAUCUUACCCCAAAGUUUCUUACUGUCUACUUGAAUUGUAUUAACUUAAAACCUAAUUUGGUUGGAAAAAAAGAGAAAGAACUAAAGGUUUUGGUCCGUGCGUCUCCUCCCCAAUGGUUUAUGAUGUAUGAUCUACAAAAUGACUGCAAUAUUUGCAUGUUUUCUGUAACUUAUUAAAUUGUUGGGAUAUCUGGCCCAGUGUAACCAUCUAUACUGCUGUUACUAUGAAAAACAAACUGCUGUGUUUUAGUCACGUCUUUUGAUUUACUGAAGUUUGUCAGUUUGUAAAAUCAAUAGAUAUUUUAUGUUUGUAUGUAUAUACAGAGGCUUGAAUUUUCUCUGCAUAUUGAAAGAUGUGUAAAUAUGUCAGACUAAAACACGCGAUUGGAAAGGAAGCGUAUAGAACGGCUUUUAAAGAAAUGCUGCUCUUUUUGUAACGGUAAUGGAUUGUAUUAAAUGUAAAUAUGUAGCGUUUGAUAAAAAGGGAAGUUUAUAGAGAGAGAUGCUUUGAAACGUGAUAUCUUCUGUGAGAAAUGUAAAUAAGUUGUUUUUGAGUUGCAGAAGUGUUGAAAUGAUUUUAAUUUGAAUAGUUGUAGAUUUUUCUUUUUCCAGUUUGUCGUCACUGUUGAAGAGAUGGUCACAUGUUUGUCCUAUUUUUGUAUGAAAUGCUGCUCCCAUUUGAAAUGUGGUUGGCCUGAAACAGUUUUUCAAUUGCUUUUGGUCAGAUAAAAUAAAAUGUGAAAAUAAACGGGAUAACUGA